GUGUCGCGCAGCUCAAUAGUACUGCGACCGUGGACGGAGUCGCACGCGCAUCGCGACAAGGUGGUCAACUCUUGCAUCACCACAACCCAGCAACAAUUAGCUCUGUAGAGAGCUCAGCGAGGGGAAUCGAAAAAAACCGGCUUUGCGGGUUUCAGUGGAUCAGUUAUUGUUUUGUUUGCUUGUUAGUACAAGGAAACGUACCUUGCAGUCAUGCGUUCCCGAGGUGCUCGUCCACUGCUGAUAGUGGCAGUAGGAUGCUGCCUGCUGGGUCUGGCCGCAGCGCAGGACGAUCUGGACGCUCUGUUCCUGUCCGUGUUCAAUCUGACGGACCCAACACCAGCACCAUCCGCUACACAGGCGACUCCAGCUGCUCCGGUGGCUGCGGUUCCGACUCAGGGCGCCGCAACUCCAGCUCCUGAGAGACAAUAUACUUGCACCGGCGAGUGCGUCCAGUACUAUCUGUGCAGCGACAAUCAGAUCAUUACCGAUGGUGCCGGCAUUAUCGAUAUCCGUGUCGGUGAGGAUCCGGAGGAGGAGAGCGAGUGCCCCCACUUCCUGAACACCUGCUGCGAGAAGGAUUCGGUGUUGAUCGAUCCACCCGCUUCGUUGACCACCCCGAAACCACCGCCGGAGCAGCACCGACCGACCUGUGGUUUCCGCAAUGCCGAGGGAAUCGGAUUCCGUAUCACCGGCAACAAAGCGGGCGAAGCCGAGUACGGUGAGUUCCCGUGGAUGGUGGCGGUGUUGCGCGAGGAGCGCGUGAUCGACAGCAACCUGAAUGUGUACGAGUGCGGUGCGUCGCUGAUCGCCCCGAACGUCGUCCUCACGGCGGCCCACUGUGUGUUCAACAAGCAGCGCGAACAGCUACUGAUCCGGGCGGGCGAAUGGGACACCCAAACGCGCAACGAGCUGCACCCGCACCAGGAUCGCCGGGUGGUCGAGCUGAUCACGCACGAAUCGUUCAACAAGGGUUCGCUGGCGAACGAUGUGGCACUGCUGAUCCUCAACGAACCGUUCCAGCUGGCCGAGAACGUGCAACCGGUCUGUCUGCCACCGAAGGAUGCCAAGUUCGAUCAGAACGAGUGCUUUGCGUCCGGCUGGGGUAAGAACAUCUUCGGCAAGGAGGGCAAGUACCAGGUGAUACUGAAGAAGGUGAAGCUGCCGGUGGUGCCGCACGCCAAGUGUCAGGAAUCGCUCCGCACGACACGCCUCGGUCGUCGGUUCGUGCUACACCAGAGCUUCCUGUGUGCCGGUGGCCGAACGGGUGAGGAUACGUGCCGCGGUGACGGUGGUUCACCGCUCGUCUGCCCGAUCCCUGGCUCGCCAGCGUACUACUAUCAGGCCGGUAUCGUAGCGUGGGGUAUUGGUUGCGGUGAAAAUGGUAUCCCCGGCGUGUACGGUAAUGUCGCUUACUUCCGGGACUGGAUCGAUAAGCAGCUGCAGACGCGUAACAUCGCGGCACGGGACUACAUCUUUACCGCUCCGUGAUCCGAGCCCGUGUCCCUCGGCACACAAACGCGUAUCGCACGCACGACAUUAAUAGAACUCGAAUAAAAUGAUAUUCAAUCAGAUCAGA